AGUAGGGAAGAAACUCUGCUGAGACACGAGUGUGAAAGUAACCUACGCCACACUCUGUAUGAGCUGCAUGCUCUCAAGAUGUAUGACAAUGUUCAACAGUGACAACAGUCACAAUAGGAUCGAGAAAGGAAUACAAUCAUCGCAGCUUUAUUGACAUGAUGGAUUUUCAUCUGAAGUGCAGGGUCUGGUUUCCUCUGAGAUGAUGGAGGACAAGAACGGAGUUUGUCAUGUGAUGGAGGAGAGUGAAGUGGAUGUUCAAAUUAGACACACUAAAGUUCAGCCGCAGGCAAACAACAGCAUACCCAAAUGGUCAAAUGGUCAGUGUGUUCUGGCAGUGCCGAGCUGUUCGUUUUUAAACCCCAGCUUUGAUCUGUCUCUGUGCCGCGCAAAACUGGAGAGGGAUGGCUUCCAGAUUCCAGUCACAGAUAUGGAGGUUCCACUGAGGAUAGCUCUGGACGUUCCUUCAGUCAGGAGAUACAUGGUUUUCAACUCGGCCCUCUUCCAUUUCAUAAUGGCUCCGAUGCUGUAUGUGGUGGUGUGGUGUGCCGUGUUCUCAACUCUCCACCUCUACAUCACCGUCAGCGACUACUGGGUCCUCUGCCUCUCUGUCAGUCUGGUCUCCAUCUUCCUCACCACUGCCAUCAUCUUUGUCCUCCACCACAGUAACAAAGAAAUCAGCAUGAACUUAGACGUCCGGCUGAUCCAGGUGAAUGAGAGGAUGGUGAAACACAAGCUGCUGGUGGCCGUGGCCGACUGGGUGCAGAACUGCACCGGAAACAUGAAGCUCUACUUUGUGUAUUGGGACAUGACUCGCUGUCUGAGAGCACUGACUGAAACUUUAGAGGAUCGCAGCUCUGCAGCCAACGACACCCAGAAAAAACUGAAGAGGAAAAUGUCCCAUCUCGUCCUUGUGACCGAGGUUAAGGCUGCUGACCCGGAGGAUGGUGGGUCAGACGUUAGUCAGGGCUCAGAUGAACAGAGGCCUCUACUGAGGAAUGAGGAGACGGACUGCAGUUCCUCAUCCAGCCAGCGGGAGGACGCCAAAGUCACCACCAGUUACAGCCUCGUUCCUGACGCAUCGUUACCUGCGCAGGCUAAAGCCUACCAGCUUCUCAUGACCUACAGUGCCGCCUAUGUGAAGCUGCUGGUGUCUGACAGGCUGUCAGGGCCGUCGCACCACCGACUACGACCCCGGAGAAAUCACUGCACCACCGCCCCGUUCUGCCUCUGCCAGUACAUCAAAAACAAGAUCCUCCGAUAACACAUCUGGUGAAACAGAUGAACUGCUGGACUAUUAAAAAAAAAAAAAAAAAAGACUUCUGCUUUGUGUCCAGGCUCUUGAACAGACUGACAUCCAGGAGGAUUUCCUAAGAAGCAAUAAUGGAUUAAGUGACAUGUUGAUAAAAAAAAAAAGAAGGACAUGUUUGGAGCUUCAAUCUCUUGACUCCUCAGUUUUAAAGUUUGUUCUCCAGCCUGCGGGUUACUGUAUCUCUACUGCUGUUUUCAUGCCAGCUCUGUGUUUGCACCACCUGGAUCCUCGUCCGUUUUGUGCCAACAACUGCCAAACAAAGGUCCAUCCAGCUGCUGUAAAACAAUAUUUGUACUCUUGUAUGUACAUGACAAUCGCCGUCUACUGUUUAAAUUAUUUGUACAAAUAAUAAAUAUA